CCGCUAAGGAGAGGCAGCACCAUGCUGGGCCCCCACCUCCCACCCCCACCCCUUGGGUGCUGCGAAGACAGGCCUACUCCCUGCACCUUCCAGAUCCCUGAUGGGAGCUACCGGUGUCUGGCCUUGGAGGCGGAGGAGAGUGGAGGAGAGGAGAGCCUCGCAGACUUGGAGGAAGAAGGAGUGGCCAGCAGGCAGGGGCACAACUCCACCUGUGGAGCCACCCAAGAGGCACCAGAGCUGCCCAGAGCCCUGGGCAUUCAGCCACUCAGCCACUCCAAGGAGGCCCGAGUGGGGCCCCAGCAUGACAACGGGGCCAGCCAGGACUGGGACGUGGUGAAGGCCCGGCAAGUGACGAUGGCCAUUUGCAGCCCCGCUGCUGGACCCAGAGGUGCCCAGAAACCAGGUGAGGAGACUGGCUCCCAGAUGUGCAGUAGCUUGCCAGGGUCUCACAGCCAGCGGAUGGCAGAGCCCAGCCCUGGGCCAGGAGGUCUGGCUUCUCAGCAGAGCAGAGGUGGGGUGAUCCAGGCAGGAGAGGAGCCCAGGAAGGAGCAGGUGUUGGGGCACUUGGGGCAGGCUGUGUGUUCUCACUGCUCUGGCCAGGUGGGCACAGCACUGGGCUGGAGCACUAGCCUCACUGAGAAGGAUCUGAAAGAGGUCAAGGCACGGAGCCGGCAGAUCGCAGCCCAGCUGACCACCCCUCCCAGCCCCAACUCCCGUGGCGUCCAGCUCUUCAACAGGCGCCGGCAGAGAGUGAACGAGUUUACCUUGAAAAGCCACGACCGGAGGGGACAGAAGCCACAUCAGGAGUCCCUUAGAGUGCCCCCUGCCAGCCCCACAGGCCACACUCCAGGACUCAGCCUGAGUAUCCCCUCACUUCCUGAGCCAGGACUUUCAAGGAACCUGAACUGCCAGAGCCCUGACAUCGUGGCCCCUGGUCACAGCAUGGAGGGGCACUCGGAGAAAGCUGGCUUGCUGCGGCACCUGGAGGAGGCUAGCGAGGAAGAAGAGGUACCACUGGUGGUGUACUUAAAGGAGAAUGCAGCACUGCUCACAGCCAAUGGUCUGCACCUGUCCCAGAACCGAGAAGCCCAGCAGACACCACCGUCACCAGCGGCUGAGGUCCACAGCUCAGCUGCAGAUGUCAACCAAAACCUUUCAUCACCCAGUGCCACAUGCAUCACACCAGCUUCUAACAGUAGCCACAACCUGCCAGCCACAGAUGUCAAUCAGAACCCACCGGCAGCUCUCACCCCCCAGAGCCUGCCGCUUUCCAGCAUCCAACAGAAUUCUUCAGAGGCACAGCACCCGCCAAAUGGCACAGUGCCAGAUUCCAAACCCAGCACCCUGUGUGCUGGCGGGCAACCCCAGGAGCUGGCUGCAGAGGCGAGAUCCAGCACACUCCUGAUUGAUAAGGUAUCAGCUCCACCUACCACCACCAGCACCUUCUCCAGAGAAGCUACUCCCAUCUCCAGUUCCAGGCCCCCUGCCCCAGAACUCAUGUCCAGCUCCCUGCUCAUCGAUGUCCAGCCUGGAGCCCCCAUGGUGUCAGAAGAACAAGAGACAUCUGGGUGGGCAGCCACCACCGCACCUACCAAGCUGUACAGCGAGGUCCAUCUCACACUGGCCAAGCCCCCACCAGUGGUCAAUAGGACGGCCAGGCCCUUUGGGACCCAGGCACCAGGGAGCACCAGCCAGAUGGAACGGAGCCCUAUGGUAGAAAGACGGCAUCUUGGGGAGAAGGCUCGAGCUUCCCAGUCCCCCAGCAUGGCAGACAGGAGUCCUCAGCCACAGCGACACACAAUGUCCCACAGCCCCAUGGUGGAGAGGAGGCCUGUGGCACAGCGAAGCCCUGCCUCGGAAAGACACCCCUUGGGGAACUUCACCCCGCCCCCCACCUAUGCUGAGACCUUGUCCACAGGACCUCUAGCUUCCCGGGUUAGGUCUCCCCCAUCUUACUCUGCCCUGUACCCCAGCUGUGACCCCAAGCCAUCUCAUCUGAAGGGCCAGGCAGUUUCUGCCAGCAAGACGGGCAUUUUAGAGGAGUCGAUGGCCCGCAGGGGCAGCAGGAAAUCUAUGUUCACCUUUGUGGAGAAGCCCAAGGUGACCCCAAAUCCAGACCUGCUAGAUCUAGUGCAGACGGCUGAUGAGAAGCGGAGACAGAGGGACCAUGGGGAGGCAGGUGUGGAUGAGGAGCCCUUCGCUCUGGGGGCUGAGGCCUCCAACUUCCAGCAGGAGCCAGCACCCAGGGGCAGGGCCAGCCCUGUGGUGGCCGAAGAGAUUCUCCCUGAGUGGGCCUCAUGCCUCAAGUCACCACGUAUCCAGGCCAAGCCAAAGCCCAAGCCUAAUCAGAACCUCUCCGAAGCCUCUGGAAAGGGGGCUGAGCUCUAUGCCCGCCGCCAGUCCCGGAUGGAGAAGUACGUCAUUGAGUCUUCAGGCCACACCGAACUGGCCCGCUGCCCUUCACCCACUAUGUCCCUGCCUUCAUCUUGGAAAUACUCCACAAAUGUCCCUGGAGGCUUCCGAGUGGCAUCCCGAAGCCCAGCUCGGACCCCACCUGCCUCCCUCUACCAUGGCUACCUGCCUGAGAAUGGGGUCCUGCGCCCAGAGCCCACCAAGCAGCAGCCAUACCAGCUGCGACCCUCACUCUUUGUCCUCUCACCUGUAAAGGAACCUGCCAAGGCCUCUCCAAGAGCCGCCUCACCUGCCAAGCCGAGCUCCCUGGACCUGGCCCCCAGCCUGCCCAAGACGGCCCUCCCACCAUCUCCGGCCCUGCCUCGGCCCUCCCGCUCCUCUCGGGGCCUCUACACAUGCCCUGGCCAGGAUGGCCUACAGCCCAGUGCCGUGAGCCCUCCCUACCGCAGCGAUGUCUCCCCCGUAUCUCCCUCCAGGGCAUGGUCUCCCAGAGCCAAGCAGGCUCCCAGGCCCUCCUUCUCUACCCGUAAUGCUGGGAUCGAGGCCCAGGUGUGGAAGCCUUCCUUCUGCUUCAAGUAACAGACGCUGUUACAGGGAUCCCACUGCCUGUCAGGGCCCCCUCUCCAAGGGCCAGCUGGAGAGCAGAUGUGGCAGGAAGGCUGAGAGUCAGGAGUAUGGGAACUCGGGGCUCGAGGGCUAACACUGCCGCCAGCUAGCUUUGUGAUGCUGGGCAAGUCACCUUCCCUCUCUGAGCUGCAGCUGCCCCCUCUCUGCCAGGAGGGCAUUGGACUCCAUGUCUGAGGGAUCUGAAAUCUGCUGCCGGGUGGGAGGAGGGUCGUGGAGACAGAACUUUGGCAGGUCUCAAUGAGGCUGGGGGCUUCCUCUGGCCUUUGUGAGCGUCUUGCUGGGGAAUGGCUCAGAAGUGAAGCCAGAUGGGCUUCUGGAGCGACAAAGCCUGCCACUGCCUGUGGAACCUGCCAGCCAAGGCCCUGCCUCCUCAGUUGCCCCAGGGGGGCCUCACUUACUGUGGCCCCAACCGCUGGCAUUUCUCUGCCUAUUGCCGGAUUCUCACCUCUACAGGUUUCUCUUCCACCUCUGCCUUCUGGACACUGUUCUCUUCCGCUGCUUCAGAGAGCUUUGCCUCGGCUUCCACAUUUUCUCCUCUUCUCAGUUCUUCUGCUGGACGAGAACUUAGCCCACCACUGCUGUCUGACGCUUUUCUUCCUACCCCUCUGCCCAGCCCCUUCCAUGUCCACUCCAAACAUCUGGCUCGGACCUUAUGGACAUCUAAAGUGGUUCACCCCAGAACUCAGUCCUGGUUCCACUGGCUCGCCCUCACUGUUCUGGGAUAAGGGCUGAUUCCAGGGGAUCCCUGAGAGGAAAGCCCUGGAGAAGUAUGUGCAGAUGUGGGCAUGUAGUCAGGA